AAAUGUGUUUUGCAAGCUUGACUUUCCUUUCUCAGAUCAGACAUGGCACCGCCAAACAAUGGAUAUCCAAUCCAUGCCAGUUGGUUUCUAUAUAUAUGCAUGCAUUCUUUUGGAGCUAUCUGCAGAAAAGGAAAGUACAUACUGUGUUGCUGAAUCAGUCAGGGAUAUGAACCUAUAAGGCAGAUAUGUAAUAAUCAUCAAUAUGGGAAAUUCCAGCUCCAUUAAGCAUAGCAGUGAAGGAGGAAGAUUGAAGCACUCGAAGAGAAAGCACAACCAGCUGGGUGUAACUUGUUCUGCAGGUUAUGAUCAUGAUUAUCAUGAAGGAAUAAAGAGUGUAAGAGCGGACAACCACGUUUGUGAUUUCUCUCCAUAUUCGGAUCUAUGCAUUUGCGUGGUUACUUGGAACAUGAAUGGUCAAGUGAGUUACGAAGAUUUGGAGGAGAUGGUUGCCGGGAACAACCGCAAGUUCGAUCUUCUGGUUAUCGGUCUGCAAGAAGUGCCCCGGAAAAAUAUUUCACGACUGUUGCAGACAGCGCUUCUUGACUCUCACAUCUUUUUAGGAAAAGCCACUAUGCAAUCAAUACACCUGUAUAUCUUUGGGCCAAAGGGCUCAGAUUUCUUCCUCAGAGAAAUGAAGAUCGAUAAGGUUUCAGUAGGGGGAUGUGGAGGGCUAAUUGGGAGAAAGAAAGGAGCUGUGGGAAUCCGCAUCAACUAUAAAGGCAUUCCGAUGGUCUUCAUCUCUUGCCAUCUCUCUGCUCAUGCUCACAAUGUGGGGAAGAGGAAUUCAGAAUACAAGAGCGUAUCAGAAUCUCUUUUUUCCAAGAACUUGAACCCUUAUGCUUCACCUCCCAAAAUCAUUGUUUGGUUGGGAGAUCUGAACUAUAGAAUACAAGGGAUUGAAACUGAUUCCGUACGAAAACUGAUAAACAAAGAUCUUCACGGACUACUAACCAGCAAUGACCAACUACUACAAGAGGCCGAAAGAGGAGAGAUCUUCGAAGGAUACCACGAGGGGACGAUAACGUUCAAACCCACUUACAAAUACGACGUUGGAAGUAGCAACUACGACACAAGUUAUAAGGUGAGAGUGCCAUCGUGGACCGAUCGGAUUCUGUUCAAGACGGAGGAAGGCAUAGACGAGUUCCAUGCGACACUACACUCUUACGAAUCAAUGGACGAAAUUCACAGUUCAGAUCAUAAGCCAGUCAAAGCUCACAUCUGUUUGAAACUAAACAAACCAAACCCAUCAUGACCAUGAUUAUUAGCUUGUACAAAUCAACUACGUGUUUAAUGUAACAUCGACUUUUUCUGCAAUUACGCGAUCAUGACAUCA